CUUCAUGCUGUUUCCCUGUUGAGAGUUCUCAUCUGCUGGAUAAAAAGAAAUAAAAGAGAGCUUUGCUUCAAACCCAUCUCCCAUAGGCUACACAACAGCAGUAAGGCAGUAUAUCUGUAGAGCACUGACUCACCAUGGGCACUGUACUAUCACUGUCACCCGGCUCUCGGAAAUCAGGCUACUAUGACGACCGGCCGGGCUCGCUCAGCCACUAUCCGAGCAUCAGCAGCCGCUCUCUCAACAGCCAGAAAGACCGCGGGCUGAAGAGGGGACAGUCUAUCUUCCUCCCGGCGCUCACCUGGAAGCGACUGGUGGCUUCAACGAAGAAGAAGGGCAACUCCAAGAAAGGCUCCGGCGGUCAAGUGGCUCUCGGAGACCCUCUCAACAACAACAACAACAUCAACAUCUACCAAAAGGACCCCCUGUUGCACCUCAACCGCGAGAAUGUGAAGAAGUCGCUGUCAUGUGCCAACCUGUCCAGCUACGAGGGCCCAGCAGGACUGGGUCUGGGGCUUGGCUACGGCCUGGGGAUGGGCCAGGGGCACGGAUUUGGCUACAGCAAGUCCCAACAGCUCUCCUCUGUGAAAAAAGUUCCCCAAGGGACAGUGACUUCGUCCCCGAAGCGCGUCAUCGUCCAGGCGUCCACCAGCGAGCUCCUGCGAUGCCUGGGGGAGUUCCUGUGCUGUCGCUGCUACCGCCUGAAGCAUCUGUCUCCGGCCGACCCGGUGCUGUGGCUGCGGGCUGUGGACCGCUCACUCCUGCUGCAGGGCUGGCAGGACCAGGCCUUCGUCACGCCGGCAAACGUGGUCUUCGUCUACAUGCUGUGCCGAGACGUCGUGGACGGCGACCUUGUGGCGUCAGAGCACGAGCUGCAGGCCAUCCUGCUCACCUGCCUCUACCUGUCCUACUCCUACAUGGGCAACGAGAUCUCGUACCCGCUCAAGCCCUUCCUGGUUGAGGUGGGUAAGGAGGCCUUCUGGGACCGUUGCCUCGCCAUCAUCGAUGCCACCAGCUCCAAGAUGCUGCGCAUCAACGCAGACCCGCACUUUUUCACACAAGUAUUUGCUGAACUUAAGAGUGAAGGCGGCUGCAGCCCGCAGGACUAUAGUCGGGUGCUGGAUCGAUGAGAGGAAGUUUGCUGACCGCAUGCCUUUUCGUACAUUCAUGCACAUGUAUACUUGCACACAGACACACACAUUUGUCUUGUACCGAUUCCUCUCCAUUUUCCGUCCUCUGCUGCCUUGAAGGAGCAAUGAAGGACUAUCUUGACAGAGUUAUGUUGACAUAUUUAAUGAUUCCAUCGGUGUUUGUUGCCAUUGUCCCAUCCAUCCACAGAUAUAAAUAUGGAAUUAACCCACCACCACCACCACCCAAAAUAAUUGGCUAACAAAGGCUCACAGUUGUGUUUUUGUCCUGGAAUAUCCACUUUUUUUUACUUGAAUUGAGGAACCAUUUGGUCCACCUGUCACAUCUGACCCCAUGUGUCUGGUCCCAGUCGUCCCAGCUGCCACUCUGGAUCCGCACAGCCAGGCCUCCCAGCAUCUUCACCCACCUCUCUGAAUGUGAUCAAUCAGUGUGCACGGGACAAGAAGAUGCCAUCAUCACUGCACAAGAUACCACCAAGGAUUUUUCACUGGUUAUAUUCUAAACGUGGAGUGGCUUCACAGAAGAAUAAAACAGACAGUAUAAUCCACCGAGGCCAAGUUAUAUUUUCCAUGACAACACAAGGAGACAUGUUGACAUCCGCUGCUGGCUAAGGCCCAUGUGCCAGCAGUGCAAACUGACUCAGACUGAUGGGAACAGCUGAGAGGUCCAUGUUAGGUCCUGCUGUGCGCUGUGAAAUCAGUAAAGCAAAACGACCAGGCAGUGUUUUGUGGAGCCUUUUGAGGGUCUUCGGGCCUGAGGGGACAGUUGCUGU